UGCGCAGGCUCUGUGGAGGAGACGACAGGACGACUGCUGCUUAAUGCUCAGAAAACAACACUCUGAGCCUCGGCUGGCUUAGACAAGACGCCGUGGACUAGAACAGGGAGCCGGGCGGCCAUCACGACUGCAGCUUGUGUGUUUGUGAUGGGAAUGACUGUGUUCUUUCAUCCUGACUGAUGGUGGAUUCACUCUGACUAUAUCGGAAUAGGAGGGGCUUUUUUCAACCCAGAUACAGAAGGAGAGAUUCUUCUGCAGGGAUUGUUCCAGCGCCAUCCUCCACGUGACAGUGUGAUUACGAGGGCAUCAGGAUGGAGGCCCCUCUGGUGUGCCUGGAUGAAGAAUUCGAGGAUCUGCGGCCCUGCAAGAUGGAGGAGCUUGAAUGCGAACAACCUCCCUGUCGACCUCACAAAACCAUUCCCUUGGCCCCGCUAUGCCGUGAAGACUUCUCUGAGCUGGAGAACUUCUCCGAAAUGAUGAGCUUCAAGUCCAUGGAGGACCUGGUCAACGAGUUUGACGAGAAGCUGAACGUGUGCUUCCACAAUUACAACACCAAGACAGAAGGUCUGGCACCCGUACGCAACCAAUCACACGCUGAGGAGGAUGAGGAGAGGCUUCAGGAUGAAGAUGUGUGGGAUGCUCUGACUGACAACUACAUGCCCUCCUCUGUGUCCAGCUGGGACGACCCCACCUCGGAAACACUCAACGGCAACCUCUCAGAUCAGGAGAUACACGAAAAAGAGGAGGAUGAGAUGAACGAGAAGAAUGAAAAUGCCAACUGUCUGAAUGAAGAACCUCUUAUAACAGCUGAUCAGGUGAUUGAGGAGAUUGUGGAGAUGAUGGAAAACUCACCAGAUCCUGGAGAGACAGAGGAAGAGGAGGAGGAUGAUAUCGGGGUCUCUUCCUCUAAAAGCAGCCCGUCCCUUCUGGAGGAGAUCCGCAUGCUGUCUCAGGCUUCCAAUAACAACUGCUCCUACGAAGGUCUGAGGCUGAUGCCGAGCUCUGCACUGCUUGACAUCUUGUGCCGGAUGGAGGUGGCGAUUCGAGAGUAUUCAGAGGAACUGGUGGCUCAGCUGGCCCGGAGAGAUGAGCUGGAGUUCGAGAAGGAGGUGAAGAACACCUUCAUCACAGCUCUGAUGGAGGUGCAGAACAGACAGAAGGAGCAGAGGGAGCUGAGCAAGCGCAGGCGUAAAGACAAGGCCAUGAGUCUACAGGGAUCCACGCGCCCCGAGAAGACUGGCAGCAUGCCUGCGAAACGCUUCAGCAUGGAGGGUCUGUCCAACAUCCUGCAGACAGGCAUCAGACAGACCUUCGGGAGCUCAGGCACAGAAAAACAGUACUUGAACACAGUCAUCCCGUAUGAGAAAAAAGGGACUCCUCCAUCUGUGGAUGACUUGCAAAUGCUCACAAAAAUUCUUUAUGCCAUGAAAGAAGACAGCGAGAAGGUCCCAACCCUCCUGACUGACUAUAUAUUAAAAGUUCUGUGUCCUACCUAAAGUCCAGCGUGCGAUCUGCUGUUGGUGAGACCGUGAAGAGGACAAGCGUCUCCAUUCAUCCUCAAAUCAGAUCUCCAGUCCAGCUGCAUGAGCUCCCUUACCCAAUAUCAGCGAGGGACCCUGAACAUCUAACCAUCCUUCUCUUGCUUAUCUAACGACCUUCAACCUUGCUCAUCUCACUGCCCUUCCCGUAUUCACACAUAUCCACGAGGUUCAGACCACCACAGCGCCUGGUGCUUUACAUGUUUUCUACUACAUAUGUUACAACGGGCCAAAAGCCAUAUGGAACGUGUAAGAGUAACAGGUGAACUCUAAACGGUUUAACUCUUCGAUCAGGUACUAUUUUUAUUUUUCUUUGUAAAGAUAUGCCUGACAUAAGGCACAUACUGUACUACUCUGUCAUUCACAUCUGUUCAGAACACAGGAGAUGAGGAGAAGGGCAUUAUUAUUCACAAUCUUCUUAGAUGCAUCGUUUCGAGAGCACAUCUGAAAAUAAUCCAUCCAGACAUUCUGCUUUUUGCCGUUUUAGUAUUGUACCGAGGAGGUUGGUUGGAGAUACAGCAUGUUUUAGUGUUCUACAUUAAUGCCAAUUUAUAGGGAAAACAAAACCUUGUGACAUCUUUUUUUUAUUUAGGGUAAUUUGAGAUUUUUUGGUUUUGUUUUGUUCAUUCUGUGUAUGAUAUAUACUACAUGAUGUUGUUUAAUUGACGAUCCAUUUGUCUAAUAAAACAUUAUGUUUGAUUUUUUUUUUUACUUUAACAUUAACUGUCAUUCAUGCCUUGUGGUUACAUCUUUAAUGUAUAUAUUUCUUAUUUACUAAGGGACAUGGAGGAAUGUGAAGUAUUGCUGAGUUAUAGUUCCAAUAAAUGUUAAACCCUGUGAAAAUA